AAGAGUUUUGGAAAGUUUCUCUUCCCCAACUGUGAUAGAACAGCAGCGUUUUAAUGGAAGCCAGUAAAGGGAUCUACAAACCCAUCAGGGUGCUGUUCAACACACCCAUAUAUAACACAGCUGUGGAGAUCUGCUGGUAUCUACCAGGUUACAGGGCUCAGAUUGCAAUGAUGAUGGAAUUCCUCAGACUUCAGAAGGAAAACCAAAUACCAUCAAGCCUCACUGCAGAAGAUAUGGGAGAUCUUUUGGUGGAGAGGAGCAAAGAGACAGUCAGAGAGCAACUUUGGGAGUUUGAAUUGGAGGGUUUGGAAGAAACAGAAGCCAAACCUCUUCUGAAACUGGUGUGGGCAGUGAACACAAUAAAUAAAAUGAGGGACAUCGAGUUUCAAGCCCGGAUGCUGCUGGAAUUUCCAGAGGCCAUACCUCCUAAAUUUCAAACACCUAAGCUCCUCAGCAAUGUCAGGAAGUACAUUGACCUCCUUAAAGAGAGGCAGCAGGACGCACAAACCUCCAAACUGUUCACUGCAACAGACGUGGUGAUAGAGGUGGUUCCCCGUGUCCUGCAUGGCUUCUGGAAGCUUCCUUCUUACCCCCUACUGAACAUGUCCUCCCAAAAAUUGAGCAUCCUCUCCACCAGUGUGACAAAGGCCACUUUGGAUCGAGUGUCCAAAUCUCUCCUAACAACGGAAAACCAGGCCAUCUUCUCAAGGUCCAUCAGAGAUGACAUGGUGCAAAGUAUCCUGUCUGAAGUCAGAGAGAAAUAUUCAGAAAAGAUUCUGCUGAGCCACAUUGCAAACUUUGCACCAGGACUACUCAGGGCAAUUUCUGAUGUAGCAAAGAUGAGCAUAUGCCAGAUCUUCCAGCCCCCUUGUGAAAGUCCAGUAGUGUCUGAUGUUCUUCCAACUAAAGAACCUCAUCCUGAAGGUCUGCUGAAGAUGGCCUCCGUAUCACUGCCACGCAGGAAGAACCUCUCCACGCAACAGGCUUUGGCUUUGCUUCAGAAAAUGGACGAAGCAGAUUCUGAUGGAGGAGAGGUUUCAUUUGUCCAGCAGGCCACUGAUACCUCCUCAGAAGAAUCUGAAAAGGAGACGGAACAAGAACCCAACAUGCCGAUGUAG